AUGAGGUUCUUUUCUGAUUUGACAUCUUCCUAUCUUCGUUCCAUGUUUAACAACAAAUUUAAUUUUUCAAGGUCCAACGUAUACGAAACGUUUUUUGGAUUAAAGGGUGAGAAUAGUAUUAGUAUCCGGAACUUUAGUACGCGAUCUAAAAAUGAUUUGUUAAAGGAUUGGAAGAACUACAGAGAAGCGUCGCGCAGCUUCCUAACGACGAGCCUGUCAUCGUCUAAAUUCGCAUAUGACCCGAACUCACUGUCAACCCUGCCGAAGUCAUACGAAUCUCACAUACAGAACGAUGUAAAACUCAGAAGCUGCCUGGGAGUAAACCCACUGUUUACACACUACGUAAAUCCACUAUCAAUAGUUAAAUUCACAACUAAGUACCUGCUGAGCUUUAGAUUCUUCUUCAUAUACAUGGCGAGAACGACCUUCCAAGCCGCAAGACCACUGCUGGCAUUCUGCGUGUUCGGAGAGAUAAUGAAGCUCGUGCUGGCGAACCUGAGCGGAGGACUGCCAGCGUACCUGUUUUCAUUUGUAUUGGCAUUCGAAGUCUUCUACUUUUUCCUACAGCUGUACAUCUCAUACACCUUCCUCAUGAUGUUCUUCACAGUCAUCGACAAAAUAGUGGAAGAGACAGUGCUAGUGUUGGAACAGCUGAAGGUGGGAAUAGGAGUGUUGAAGAGGUUUUAUGACUGCACAGAGGGAGUGCUCACGAGUUACAGACUCUCGUUUAAGUACUACAACAACAGAACGAGAACAGUGUACAUAUCUAGCAUCACUAGCGUUAAGAUCUCAAACGCGUUCUUCCAGGAGUAUAUACUGCUGCAGUCAGGGGCGAUAAGGUACUACAUAAGCUGCUCAGAAGUUGAGAAGCUGUACUCGGAGUUGCUGAGACUGAUGAAGCUGAACGAAGAAAACCAGGUGCUGAGUAGAACAACGACAAUAGGAGGAAUAUCGAGAGUGGAAAGCACUAAGAAGGAGAAGAUAGAAGAAGCAGAAAGCGUACACGCGUCAAUAAGUAACCUGAAGGAACUGAAGAAGAAAACACAAACGGUGAAAAACGUACUGGUGAAGCUGACCAAGUGCGAAAGAGAAGGAUUCAACAAGAGCAUAGACCAAAUAUUUAAGAAGCUGGGAGUGGAAAACGUGUUUAAGCUGAAGGAAGAAACAGUGGACAAGGAAGUGAUGGAGCAGAUAAGGAAGCUGGCAAGUGUGGUACUGGCCAAGAAUGAAACGGUGCUGCUGUAUGAGCUUUACUGCGCAACUAACAGACUGACGCUGUCAAGUCUGCUCAAGCCGGCAGAGUUCUUCGAAUACGUAAGGACGCUGGAGAGCCAGGGACACUGCACGGUGCACAAAAUAGGAAGAACGUACCUGCUGACGAGGAGCACGAAGGAAGACGGGAAGGAAGACCUGUGCAAGGACCUGCUGCAGCUGGUAAGAACAGGCCCAACGGACUGCAGCAGGCUCGCGAGGGAGAAGAACAUACCGGCGAGCCUGGCGCUGCUGAAGCUGAGCGUGGCGGAAAAGUCGGGGCUGGUAGUGAGGGACGACGCGGUGGGCCAGUCGUACUACUACUACAACCACUUCGUGGCCUACCAAAUAACGCAGUAA